AGUGUGUCCGAUAUGGCGGAACGGAAACACACGACCACUGCUCGGUCUUCAACAAGUAUGACCUCGCUGGCUCGAGCUCUUUCCCGCAGCAGGUUAAGUCAGCCUGAUGUGUUUCAGUCGCAGAAAUCUCUCAGCCGGAGUGCCACGGGUCAGAGCAGGAGGUUCUCCAGCAGCUCGGAGUCUCCUGAUAACAGCCCAAAUGUCGAGGCGAGGGUCCUGGUCAUAAACACCGGCGGAACCAUUGGCAUGACGUAUCAUAAUAACGUUCUGUCUCCAGAACCAAAUGCUCUUGUUGAAACUCUACGCAAGCUCCCUACUCUGCACGAUGAGCAGUACGCACAGCACACCCGACUGUAUGACUACUACAAGCCUCCGGAGAACACACUGGUGCUGCGACUGUCCAAACAGAAUAAGAGGAUUGUAUAUACAGUUUUAGAAUACUCUCCCCUCCUCGACUCCUGUAAUAUGAGCACAGAUGACUGGGCCACUAUUGGAAAAGACAUUGAGAAACACUAUGAGCAAUACGAUGGUUUUGUCAUCCUGCACGGCACAGACACCAUGGCUUACACCGCCUCUGCCUUAUCCUUCAUGUGUGAGAAUCUGGGAAAGCCUGUCAUCCUCACUGGCUCACAGGUGCCGAUCUAUGAGAUGAGGAAUGACGGGCGGGACAACCUCUUGGGGGCGCUGUUGAUAGCAGGACAGUUCGUCAUCCCUGAGGUUUGCCUGUAUUUUCAUCAUAAGCUGUACAGGGGGAAUCGUGUCACCAAAGUGGACGCUGGAAGCUUUAACGCAUUUACCUCACCAAACCUGCUGCCAUUAGCCAAUGCUGAAGUCGACAUCAAAAUUAACUGGGACACUGUGUGGCGAGCAAAUACAACCACCAAAUUCACUGUAAGCACACAAUUGAACCGUAAUGUGGGUCUCCUGCGACUCUUCCCAGGAAUCACUGCUGAUACAGUCAGGGCCUUCUUGCAGCCUCCUAUGGACGGAAUCGUGUUGGAGACCUACGGCAGCGGGAACGCCCCUGAUAACCGCGCUGACCUGCUGGAUGAGAUCCGUAAAGCGACCGAGAGAGGAGUCAUCAUGAUCAACUGCACCCAGUGUCUCCGGGGAUCGGUCACUACCUCAUACGCCACUGGCCAGGCUCUGAGUGAUGCCGGUUUGAUCGCUGGGUGUGAUAUGACCCCAGAAGCUGCUCUUUCAAAACUCUCCUAUGUGCUGGCAAAACAAAACCUCAGUACAGAAGAGAAGAAGAAGAUGCUGAGUCGUAAUCUGCGUGGAGAGAUGAUAGCUGACCUGGGCGGAGCAAAGCUUUCUCUCAGCGACAGUCGCUUUAUUCAGGUCAUCGCCAAGUCCCUCAGCAUUAGCUGUAAAGAGGAGCUGGAAGCCAUACGAGAUGCACUAACUCCCACUCUGGUCUGCGUUGCUGCUAAGAUCGGAGACAUUGAAGCUUUAGAGGCCAUAAGGGAAAUGGGCUCUGACUUGAGCAUGCCAGACUAUGAUGGGCGCACUCCUCUCCACAUCGCUGCAUGUGAGGGGCAUCUGAAAGUGGUGGAGUAUCUGCUGAGUAAAGGGGCGACAGUCUAUGCCAGAGAUCGCUUUGGCGAUACGCCACUUCGCAAUGCUGUUCGCUUCAGGCAUAAGGAUGUUGUGAAGUUGCUGAGGAAGACUGGAGCUCAUUUUUCCCGGGAUGAAAUGGUUGAUGCUGGAACGGAGUUGUGCAGUCUUGCGGCGAGUGACGACUUGGAAGGAUUGGAGACUUGGCAAUUAGCUGGGGCUGAUCUGACCAUGACCAGUUAUGAUGGACAGACACCCAUUGAAGUGGCAAGAGCCACUGGAUGUGAGGAGGCUAUUGACUUCUUACAACAGUACCUGUUGGCUCAGUACCAAACUCAGCCAGUAUUUGAGGGGGAUGAGGAGGAGAAUGGCGAGUUUACUGCUUGUCCAUGAUCUUGUGGAGGCCGUCCUGCUACCUGUCACUUUCUGCCCUUAUCAGCCAUCCAGUUGCUUAUUUUUAGCA